AUGAACGAGUCCUCCAAGCGCCGUCUCAUGAUGGGCUUCCAGGGGAAGAAGAAGAAAAACCAGCCGCAGGGCUCGGCAUCGGUAGACCCGGAGGACCAGACUCUGGCUGACCGUCUCCGUCAGCUCAACGCCGAUUCGGCACAGGCCGGGGCGGCAGCGGUCGGCCCCUCUCCUCGCCGAGGCGCCACUACCGAAGGGACUUCCUCCCGAGCUGCCGGCAAACGGCCCUUUACCGUCGACCUAGAUGCCGAACCGGCCCCAAAGCGCGGACGGCAGGCCGAGCCUACUCGGGCCAUCUUCGCUGCUGACAACGACGAGGAGCCUGCCGAUCCAGUCACCCUGGCCUGUCCGCCGAAGACGGUCCAGUUUGCGAACCAUAUGAUCCUUGGUUCGCAAAUGGAGCUGAAUGAGAUCGAGGAGCUGCCGAAGAAGCUCCUUCGAGAGGAGGCGGGUCGCGCUUUCCGUCUUCAAGCAUCGGCUUCGAUGGACAUGUGGCUUUGCAUGAAGCGAGCCAUCAAUGCUGCGAGAAGGCGAAGAAGGCCUAUGAGGACGGCAGGGCCAGGGUUGCCGAGGCUGGCAAGGCUAUCCAGGACCAUGCGAAACCUGGCGAAGGAUUUGCAGGCUGCCGAACGGCAGGUCAGGGUUUAUGAGUCCAAGUUCGCAGAUCUGUCGUCAGCCCUGGAGUCGGCACAGCUAUCGGCAAAAGAGGCUCUGGAGGCGAAGGAAGCCGUUGAGGUGGCUCUGGAGGAGUCGGAGCGGGCCAAAGCUUCGGAGAUUGAGGCUGCCGUCCAGGAGGCCAUUCAGAAGUAUCGCUACUCUCCCGAUUUCUCUACCUUGCUUGACAAGGAGGUGGGCUCGGAGAUGGUGGAUCUCAUCUACCGAUUCAAGCGGUACAAUCCUGGGACGAAGCUCAACUUGAACUUCAUUGCCGAUCCUCCUCCCCUUCCCGAAGGCGUUACAGAAGAAAUGAUUGAGGAGUACGAAGGGGAAGACGCUCCGGGGAGCCCGAGCCACUGGUGCCGAAGGGAUGCCGAGGAGGCACCUGAAGGCCCUUCAUCCUGA